CCAUCGCGCACACAUCUUCAAUUCCACGCAAAAAUCCAUUUUUGACGACCGACCGUAGGGAUAUACGGAAAGCUCUACGAGACAACUCUACAGCACCCAGCCGCCGACACCUUUUUCAGGCAGCGCGAUUUCGACAAACAUCCGUCAAAAUGGUCAACAUCCCCAAGACCCGAAAGACCUAUUGCAAAGGCAAGGACUGCCGGAAGCACACCCAGCACAAGGUCACCCAGUACAAGGCCGGCAAGGCCUCGCUGUUCGCGCAAGGAAAGAGGCGUUACGACCGAAAGCAGUCCGGUUACGGUGGUCAGACCAAGCCCGUGUUCCACAAGAAGGCCAAGACGACGAAGAAGGUCGUGCUGCGGUUGGAAUGCGUCUCCUGCAAGACUAAGAUGCAACUGGCGCUGAAACGAUGCAAGCACUUCGAACUCGGUGGUGACAAGAAGACGAAGGGUGCCGCUCUUGUGUUCUAAGCACACACACGCGCGCGCGCACGCGCAGAAUUUCAUCAUCAUACAUACUCUCGGUUAUUGCACGUUCUUCAUUCCAUGGCAAAAGGGUGGUCCAUUAUACGGCCGGGCAUACAACUGGCGACGGGAGUCUUUGAUGCUCGGUAUUCGAGCACGCAUAUAGGUUAAUAGAACCUAAAUCUGCUCCGCUGAACUUCUCCGCCUUUGCCGUGCGUGAUGAAUUGCAAGGAUCCGGGAAGGGCGGGAGGGCGGUUUUGGUAUCCGUGUUCUCGUUCCGUGGUCAAGACCACGCUGUCUCCGUAGCGGUAGGUUAAUACUCGAUAUCUACGCGCCAGGUCGGUCAUCGUACAUGUUCCUACUACGGGUGUGCUGAGAAGCCGUCUACAAAUGUGGAGUUUGAUGAAAAACAGCUCUUGGUGUGAGAUAGCGCAGAUCGUUUCGAUGCCGACCCCUGACGGAAUCGUGAGCAUUAUGAUGUAUUAUUCCGCCCGGGAACUGUGCGCCCUCAUCUUCGUCUCCAAGGCGAGAUCUAAUCCAGCCACCAUAAUUAGCAUGAUAGCAUGACAACUUUGAAGCGAACUAAA